AUGUCAUCCGACACAUCAGAAGCGUUCGAUUUGACCUCUAAUGAGAAGUUGCUUGUAAUCCAAUGGGAACAUCUGAAUUUAUGGCGAUUUUACCCGUUAGCCCUUGCUAGUUCUUGGUCCAUACGAUGUUUUCUUUAUCCUAUGUCUGUGGUGAAGAGUCGUUUGCAACUUCAGCGCCAGAAUAAUGUCUACCGAAAUAUGCGGCAUGCAUUCACUGAGAUUCUGAGGACUGAAGGAAUGGGCGCUUUGUAUCGG